GUCGGAGUGUAAUUCGAUGUAAUUCGACGAUUUAUCGAUCGCCGAAGCGCAGUUUAUUAGAGCUAUAGAGCCGCGGAUGUAUACCGCAUACGCUUGUUGCUCUUCCAAUCCCAGGAAGCGAAACACGCUUGGAACUUGAGUGAACUGUCGGACCAAGAGGCAUGGGCUCCAAUGUUAGUUUAGAUCCAUAAACAAACUACAGACACAUCAACUCUGUCUAAUUCCGAUAACAAUCUACAAAGUGGUAAUCCGUUGACCUUAAUGGCGGAAUCCCUCCGGACCUAAUCCUCGUUGGAUCACUAAAGUGCAUCUUGUUGCUAACGAUCUGUCUGUUGAUGAUGAACCUCAUGACUUGGAACAUUCACACAGUUUUCGAGGGGAUAGCGAGGAGAAUAAUUUAAAAGUGAAGAACUCCCUCUUGAAGAAGCGCGAAACAUGCCCUUGCCAUUUGGCUUUAAACUCAAAAGGACUCGAAGGUAUACUGUUUCAAGCAAGAGCUGUCUUGUCAGUCGGAUUCAGCUGCUCAAUGGAGAGUUUGUUGAGUUUACACUUUCAGUGGAGAGCACUGGGCAGGAAUGUUUGGAGGCAGUUGCUCAGAGACUUGAGUUAAGAGAGAUAACAUACUUCAGCUUGUGGUACUUCAACAAGCAGAACCAGCAGAGAUGGAUUGACUUGGAGAAGCCACUUAAAAAGCAGCUGGACAAGUACGGGCUGGAGCCCACCGUUUACUUUGGAGUCGUGUUUUACAUACCCAGUGUCACCCAACUGCAACAGGAGAUCACAAGAUAUCAGUAUUACCUACAGCUGAAGAAGGAUGUUCUGGAGGGCAAGAUCUCAUGCUCAAUAGAACAAGCCAUUCGUUUAGCUAGCCUGGCAGUGCAAGCUGACUUUGGAGACUUCAAUCGAUAUGAUUCUGAGGAGUUCCUCCAGAAGUUUGCACUGUUCCCUAUUGACUGGAUCGAGGAUGAGCGAGUGCUGGAAGAGGCCACUCAGAAAGUGGCUCUUCUUUAUCAGUCCUUCAGGGGUUUAUCAAUCCCAGAGGCAGAGAUGUUGUACAUGCAGGAGGUGGAGAAAAUGGAAGGCUAUGGUCAGGAAAGCUAUCAAGCCAAGGACAGUACAGGCACAGAUGUUACCUUGGGAUCCUGCCUCGAUGGCAUCUUUGUCAAGUAUAAAAAUGGCAGGCCGCUUCUUUUAUUUAGGUGGAAUGAAAUUAACAACAUGAGUCACAACAGGUCCUUCUUUGCCCUGGAGCUAACCAACAGAGAGGAGAGUGUUCAGUUCCAGACUGAAGACAUGGAAACCUCCAAAUAUGUGUGCCGGAUGUGUCUGGCCAGACUCAAGUUUUAUAAGAUUAACAAGAGUAGCCUAGAGGAGUGUGACCCCCUGCCUUCUGAGGGCUCCCAGAAGUCCCUUCUCACUCUAUCCUUUCCUCGCUUUCCAAUGCUCUCUCGUCCUUCUCUGCCUUCUAAUAAGGGUCAAACCCAGCCUACAGUCGUCAACCCAGUCAGACGGAGAUCCUCUACCAGAAUAUCUCUGCCAAAGCCUCAAGCCUACAUGAUGCCCCCUCCGCAAAUGCACUACAAUGGCCAUUUCACAGAGCCUUACACAUCAUCACAAGACAACCUAUACAUGAACACUCAGAAUGGUUAUUACUACCACUCCCAGACCAGCCUGGACUGCUCUCCUCUGGAGUACGGCAGCGGUGGGCGUUUACGUAAUGGCAGCGUGUACAGCGCCCACAGCACCAGCUCUCUAACCAAUCCCCAGCACUACCUGCAGCCCUCACCCAUGUCCUCAAAUCCUUCUAUCACUAGCGAUAUCACCAGGCCGGACUAUGUCCCCUCGCAUCGCCACAGUGCUCUCAUCCCACCUUCCUACCGUGCCACUCCUGAUUAUGAGACAGUGAUGCGGCAGAAGACCCGAGGAGCAGGAGGAGGGAUGAUUUUGUCUCAAGAGCACCGGCAGAGCCACUCCAUGAGAAACCUGAAUAUUGGAAACUCGUAUGCCUACAGCAGACCAGACCCUCUUGUUUACAGCCAGCCAGAGAUCAGAGGGGAGCAUGGGGGAGCAGCCCAACACCCCCACUAUCCCUUCCAUCUGGGCUCCAGCUUCCACAGCCCCUCUCCAUACCCCUACCCUACAGAGAGGAGGCCCGUAGUGGGGGCAGUCAGUGUACCGGAGCUCACUAAUGUCCAGUUACAGCAGGCACAGGAGUAUCCGGCCCCUAACAUCAUGAGAACACACGUGUACCGACCACCUCCGCCCUACCCUUACGCCCAUCCUCGGCCCGCGAACAGCACACCUGACCUGUCACGUCACCUGUAUGUCAGCAGUAGCAACCCAGACUUGAUCAUCACGAGGCGUGUGCACCACUCAGUCCAGACUUUCCAGGAGGACAGCCUGCCUGUUGCCCACUCGUUACAGGAAGUGUCUGAGCCUCUCUUCAGCGGACCCCAACAGAGACAUCCAUACCAUGCUCAGAAGCGUAACUCCAUUGAGAUUGCUGGAUUGGCACACAGUCUCGAGGGGAUGAGGGUCAAAGAGCGGACUGUGUCUUCUUCAGCAGCUGAAACUGCCACGCCGCCUCCUGCCCUGCGCGGCGGUCGCUCUCAGGGCUCUCAGCUCAACGUGUUUUUGGAACGUACAAAGACAGAGGACAGGGUUGACAUUAAGGAGGAUCUACAGUACGGACACAAAAAGUCCCUUUCAGAUGCAACCAUGCUGGUUCACAGUAGUGGUGAAGAAGAGGAGUUUGAGGACGAUAGCGGACGUCACACUCCUCUUUCUCAGGAUGCAGUAGCGGCGAUUGUUCCUGACCAGCCGCCACAACAGCAUCCCAGCUUGACAUCGCUCUCUUCUCUUCCGCCUCAGCAACAGACUCCCAUUGAGCCGCCUCCCGCAUACCCCAUAGGCUCCUCACUCGACCCCUCUAUAACCAGCUCCUUGACCUACAAGGUUCACCCCCUGAUCCAGGAGGAUGAGCCUCUGUACCUGCCGUCAGAGUUACGACAGCCCAGGGUUAUGCCGUCGGUCUCUGAGGGAGACCUUAGUGGCCAGGCCAAGCAGAAGACUAAGAAAGACUUCAAGAAGAGGCCUGUCUCUGACACUCCUGGGAGGAAAACAGUGGAAGGUUUGCCCCCUCCGGGCAUGAAGAAAGGACCUAGGUCAGAGGUGAAGAAGAUGGGCCCUCUGAAGGUGGCCCAUCUCAAUGGCCUGUCAGUGUCGAGGCAGCCAAUGCACGCCGAGGUCACGGAUGAGCCUGCAAGAGCCUCUAAUGACGAGAGGUGUAAAGUGCUGGAGCAGCAUAUGGAGAGAGGAGAGCUGUUAAAAGAGUAUGAGAGUAUCCCAAAGCGUGAUCCAUCAGAGGAAUGUACCGUCGCCCUGCUGCCGGAGAGUGGGGACAAAAACCGCUUCCAAGACGUCUUGCCUUACGAUAGUACCCGAGUGGAGCUGGUUCCCACUAAAGAGAACAACACAGGAUAUAUCAAUGCAUCGCAUAUUAAAAUAACAGUAGGUGGACAGGAGUGGAGCUACAUAGCCACUCAGGGUCCCCUGUCGAACACGUGUCCGGACUUCUGGCAGAUGGUGUGGGAACAGAGUGUCUCCAUCAUUGCCAUGGUCACUGCUGAAGAGGAGAGCGGCCGAGAAAAGAGCUUCCGGUAUUGGCCCCGACUUGGCUCGAGACACAACACGGUGACGUACGGUCGCUUCAAGAUCACGACGCGAUUCCGCACAGAGUCCGGCUGCUACGCCACCACAGGGCUGAAGAUCAAACACCUCCUGACAGGCCAAGAGAGGACCGUCUGGCACCUGCAGUACACAGACUGGCCUGACCACGGCUGUCCUGAGGACUUCAAAGGCUUCCUCACCUACUUGGAGGAGAUCCAGUCUGUGAGGAGGCACACAAACAGCAUCAGUGACCCAAAGAACACCAACCUACCUGUGCUGGUCCACUGCAGUGCUGGAGUGGGACGGACCGGAGUGGUCAUCCUGUCUGAGGUCAUGAUAGCCUGUUUAGAGCACAAUGAGAUGCUGGAUGUCCCAAAAGUCCUGAAGAAGCUGCGUGCUCAGAGAAUGAUGAUGGUUCAGACUUUGUCGCAGUACACCUUCAUCUACAAGGUCCUCAUCCAAUACCUCCGCAACUCCAGGCUCAUAUGAGCACAAGUGUCUGUCUCCCCCAGCAAACACAAGUCAUCACAGAUGAUUGUAGGAUGGAGUUCACUCCAGGUUUAUGCCACACUGCUCUGUGAUGGUGCAGUAGCACAAACCUGUUCCAUGUAGUGGUCAGUAUUUGGUGGUAUUAAAUCAGGCAAGGCUGAAGGAAUGAUGUGUCCAUAUAGAAGAAAGAAGCAAUACCACACAAAGGAGUAUAAAGACUUACGACCUGCCUCUAAACAGUAUUAUAUAUUAUUUUCUACAUACAUUAUUGCUUAAUAAAGCCCAGCACUUUUACAGUACUUUGCUGUACAUAAUGAACCAAUAUUAAGCUGCGUUUAAAAAAAAAUCUUUAUUAUAGAUGUGUAUCAAAAACAGUUUUAUUUUCAAUUGACAGAGAUCACUUUUUAAAUAAAUAUGUUUUGGAUUGCUGUUUGGUAACUAUUGGUUCUGAUAAUUAAGACCUUUUCUGUCGUGAUGAAGACAAGGUAUCAUAAGAUUGUCUCAUCUGAAGGUUUAAUUGCAGAUCCCAGAGUUCAGGUGGAAUUUAACAUGGCACAGACUGGUAUGUCCAUAUAGUUAACUUAAUAGGAAUAUACCAAUCUACAUUCAUCAGAAUGAUUACAACAAAUACCCUGUGAUUGGGCCGUGCUACUUGGCACGGACAGUUUCUAUGUUUAAAAAGCCGUAAGGACCCGCCAAAAACAAACAUACAUAUCUUCUCAGUGCACAAAUAUCACUGUCCUUACAAAGGGUUAGUAGAUAGUGGGUUGGUCUUUGUAAAACACUGAAUUGAUGGGAAGUAGAAAUGCAUCACACAGGUUCCAGUGGAGAAAAAGAGUGACACAGCAGGUUUAUUUUGGGUUGAGAGUAAAACUGGAAAAUCUAUUUUAUACUCAUAUUUUUCAUCCUUUUUUUUUUUUUUGUAUCAUGAGAACUCUUGGUUGCUGUAUUUGGGCAAGAUCAAUAUACUUUUAAAUAUUGUCAGGACAAUGUGUCUAAAUAUCUGCAUUGUAAAGUUGAAAGGGGCUGUGUGUAUUUUUAAAUAAUGUGAAGGAAAUGUGGAGGUUCUCUCAUUCAGUGUCAUUUAUUUGCUUGUUUGAUUGCAGUGAUGUGGGUAUUAAUGCCAAUCAAUCAAUACAUUUGAGAAACACCCCUGCAUUAAGCACAAGAAUUGCAAACGAUAAUGAUCAGAAUUAUUUAAAUUUGCCUUCAACCCCUUAAAUUGUGACACUUACUAGUAGCUAGAAAUUGGGACGUUAGGCCAUUUGACAGUAUUGAGAUGUAACUAACUAGUGCUGUGCAGCCUGUCGGCUGUGGUGCUCUGUGUUAGUGUGAAGCAGAAAGUGUCAGGGACAGAUCAUCUCUAGUUACAGUAUUCUGCCUGCCACACUUGUUUUCACUCCAAUGAGAAAUGUCCCUCUGCAGACACUUCCUGCUGUUACAAAUGGCCUCCCUCGCUGUUAUGAACACGGUACACAAACAAACACAGUAUGUGUCCAUUUCCUGCUGCAGCUAUAGGUGGUAUUUAAAGCUCAAUUAUGAAGUUCACCUGUACAGAAACAAUGCUUACAGGCAUUACAAAGUUUACAUGAAGUGAAGUAUCUUUUUAACAAUGUUAAUUUGAAAUAUUUUUGCCUUUUAUUAUCAAUUCAAGGCGCCAACUUAAGUUAUAAUGUGGCCAAAGUGAAGUGAUUGUUAAUCCCUCAUUUGUCUUACCCUCAUGUUUUUGUUGUUGGUGAUGCAUGGGCAGUGAUCUUACUUAACAGGAGACAAAAUACGUCUUAACGGCUGUUGAGGUGUAUUUUACUGGAUCUUUUUAAAAGGCCCAUAUGAAUUUGCUUCAGAUUUUAUGUUUUUUUUUUUUUUGGUUUUAAGAUACUGAUUGAGUCUUAGUGUGAAGACUGAAAAGAGUGAGUUUUGUGGCCAAGGUGCAACCGUUUUGUCCAUGUACAGGUAUGUUGUUCAUAAUGUACACAAUGUAAAAUUCUGCUUUUAUGAAUAUUGGUUAUUGUACAAACUAUGUAUAAACUGUAUCUAUUGAACAAGAAUGGUAUGCCAUUGGAAAAAAAAAAAAAAAGUGUAGAAAAUCUUUUCAGCCAAGAAUAAAUAUUUGGAAAUAAA